AUGUCUCCUCCCAAUAAUCUUCAUGCUGAUCCAGAUGGGAAGCAUGUGAAUCCCACUUACUAUAGAGGCAUGAUUGGGUCGCUCAUGUAUCUUACAGCGAGUCGACCUGACAUUAUGUUCUCUACAUGUCUCUGUGCUCGCCAUCAGGCCUCUCCUCAUGAGUCUCACCUCCUCGCUGUAAAGCGAAUCUUCAAAUAUCUUAAAGGAACACCCACCAUGGGUCUUUGGUCUCCUAGAGAUUCCAACUUUGAUCUUGUUGGAUUCUCUGAUUCUGACUAUGUUGGAUGCAUGCUUGAUCGUAAAAGCACCGGUGGUGGUUGCCAAUUGCUGGGAGGAAGACUAACCAGUUGGACCAGUAAAAAGCAACAUACUGUCUCCAUCUCCAUAGUUGAGGCAGAAUAUGUUUCUGCAGCGAGUUGCUGUGCCCAAAUGCUUUGGAUGAAGCAUCAACUCGCUGAUUACGAUCUGGAAUACUCUAAAAUUCCAAUCAUGUGUGAUAAUACAAGUGCUAUUGCUAUUACACAGAAUCCUGUUCAGCACUCCAAGACCAAGAAUAUUGAUAUUCGAUAUCACUUCAUUCAGAUGGUUGUUAAACCUAAUAACCAUCCCGGCUCGUCUGACGUACCAAAAGGUACAAAAGGAUAUAAGCCAAUGUUGGAUUUCAUUCAUGCAUCCCCUGCCAGUCGAUGUAUUAUGGCUGAUCCUGAGAAGAUCUUUGUUCAUCUUCUUAGAGAAUUCUGGUGGACGUGA